AUGGCGUCUCAACAGCAGUCAAGAAUUCAGUCGUAUCUGGAGAAAAAUAAAAUUGGACCACUGUUUGAGGAGAUGAUGACCAGUCUGAUAAGCGAGACCCCAGAUCACCCUAUUCCUUUUCUCAUCAAUCACCUGCAGACCAAGCAAGGCAGCCCCGGCAAGCUGCACAGAACACUGUCGGGCUCUGCCGCACUGUGGGCCCAGAGCUCUGCAGAGAGUAAAGGACGUCGUGACUUCAGGAGUUAUGAGAAGCCCUGGCAGAUCCAUCCUAAGAAACCCAAGAAGUCUAAGAGUGAUCUGGCUGUGUCUAACAUCUCCCCUCCCUCACCAGAGUCCAAGUCCCUGCCGCGGUCCAUAGAGCACCCAUCGUGGGAGUGGAGGGAGAGCAAAGACUUUGAUGAGCUCAACCACAUCCUGCAGGAGAGCAAGAAGCUGGGCAAGGCUCUGGAGAACCUGUCACGCAGUAUCGCUGCUUCUGAUGAACUUGAUCAGAACCUUGGGGGGUAUAACUCAGUGCUGCGGCCCAGGGUUGUGGGGGAGUGGGUGGGCAGGGAGGAAGAGGAUCCAGACCCCCUGGCAGCAGAGAUGCUCCAGCCCCCAGUCCCCAGGAACAAGACUGAGGUGUGGGGGAAGGCCAAUAACAGCCCUGCCUUGAGUGUGAAGAUGGAGGGGAAGAGUAAAGGGUUGAAGCAGCAGCAGCAGCACCACAAGAAGCUCCUGGCGGCCAUGUUGUCCCAGGAUUCCUUUGACUCCGCCCAUAGCUCCGCCCCCUCACUCACCGAGGAGGAAAUAGAGGACGAGGAUGAUGCCAUGGAACUGCUGGAGGACCUAGAUGACCUGCGUAUGGAGGGGGUAACAGGGCUGGCCCCGUCAGGAAGUAAGUUCAGUCAAGGUCGUAGUUCCUACCUCCCAGAGCCCCAGGCCAAGGUCACACUCAACAUCUGCUCAAGGUGUGCAAGGCUGCAGGGGGACAGUCUGUCAGAUGCCAGUAGACCAGAAGAGGACCAGCACCAUGGACCCUCCCAGCACGGAUCACCUCAACGUGGACCUCUCCAUGGAUCUUCUCAUCCCCUGCUCCCAGAGCAUGCUGCUGUCAACAUGCCUGAUGGAAAUGGGCCUCAUGGACCCCCCCAUCACUUACAACCUGUGCCUGAUAUCUCCUGUUGUUUUCCCGGGGUGGACACAGCGCCGGUACGAGACCAGGAAUGCGACAGUGUGUCUCAGGUGUCUUUCCCACGUCAGGCAGUCUGGGAGGCUGAUGUGAAGGUGGUUAAAGGAGUAGGAGGAGGGAGCUCGUCCAGGGAGCUGCUGGGACAGACGGGUGGACUGCUGCUAAGUGACUCCCUCUUCUCUAAAGAACUAGAAAACAUGGGAAAACACCUCGCUGAGGUGGAGAAGGACCUGGCCAAACUGGCGGAGCAGGGGAAACUAGCCCAGCGGAGCCCCAACAGCCCCCACAGUAGUCUGCUCCUCACCCCUCUGUUCCACACCUCCCUCCCGGGGGGAACCCUCCCCAACACUCUACCCUUACCAGGCCAGACCUCCAGACCACCCUCCAGACCCCAGUCCCCCAUCCUCAGCGCCCGCUCAGCCAAGCCCAGCUCCAUAGGCUACCCCCUGGUCAGCCCCAAACUUAGCCCUCUGCUCACCCGGAAACCAACCUCCCUCACCAUGACGACUGGUCACAGAACUCAUUCUCCCAGCAACCCCGGCAGCAGAACUACAACUCCUAGAACCCCCAGCAGCAGGCCCAUGACCCCCAACAGCCUGCUGACCUCCAUGACGGCCGUGACCCCAGGUGUUGGAGGUCACGGGGGUCAUAAGGAGGUGACGUUCAGGAGGUCGAGGAGCAGACCGGUGACCCCCACCAGUCAGCCGACCCGACCCAGGCCCCUGCUCACCCCUCCUGGGCUGAGUACGACAGAUAGUCUGGGCAAGGCCUCCAGCCUCAGGGCCUAUCUGUCAGAGGAUGAGUUCUACCAGCAGCUGCAGGCCAUCAGACAGCCAUGGCACAUUCCCAGUGACACAGAGAGUGACCUUCUGGAACCACCUGAGCAGGACAAGUGUGAGUAA